CAGCCAAUCAGCAGCAUUAGUCUGGUUGGCCGCUCUCUCUGCUUUUCCCCACGAGUGACCGCCGCUACAUAGGCCGCCGGCCAGAUGUGGCGGCGGAGAGUUGGGGCUUUGCUCCGGCUGUGGGGGUUUUGGCCGACAGGGGUUCCCGGAAGGAGACCGCUAAGCUGCGAUGCUGCGUCGCAGGCGGGAAGCAAUUCUCCCCGCUGUUGGAAUUGCGGCAGCCCAGGGGGCCCUGGGCGGGAGAACGGGUUCUUCUGCCCACAAUGCCGAGCGCUGCAGGCACCUGACCCCACUCGAGACUACUUCAGCCUCAUGGACUGCAACUGUUCCUUCAGAGUUGAUACUGUGAAGCUCCAGCACAGGUACCAGCAACUGCAGCGUCUUGUCCACCCAGAUUUCUUCAGCCAGAGGUCUCAGACUGAAAAAGACUUCUCGGAGAAGCAUUCAACCCUGGUGAACGAUGCCUAUAAGACCCUGCUGGCCCCCCUGAGCAGAGGACUGUACCUUGUAAGGUGAUUUCCCAACCCUUCU